AUGACACGACCAACCAUUGUCCGAGCCGACCACCACGCUCCAUCCGCUCAGGACCAUUCCAAGACCGCUCGCACCGUCUCCUCCCCCAACUCCCUCUCGCCCCACCAGGCAGAGACCAUUCGUGAAGUUAUCAGCGACACCGCCGACGAAGAGCGCCGUUCCCCGCGCGUCUCGUGGGAAAACGGCAACGGCAUUGACGAUAUUCACCGGUUCGCCGACGACCUUGUCGCCGGUCCCACGGGAUCCAGCUCAAACUCCAACUCCCGCCUCCGAGGCGCUGCUGACGACAACGACGAUAUCAACGGAAAGAUGGUGCAGGAGGAUGCGCUGGCCAUUGCGCAGAACGGAGGCAUCUCGUCCUCGGACGAGGGUGACCUCGACGGCGACGCUGACGACCUCGACGAUGACAUGAUGGACAAGAUCUCGAGUUCUCCCUCGAUUGAAGAUGGUGGGUACAGCCCCGUCAUUGCCCCUCGGGCAUGGCCGCGUCGAAUUUCUUCUCUACCCGGAUCGCUACGGAGUAGUUCUCCCACUCCCUCUGGUUCAAGUGUCACCAGGGUCUGUUCGCCAUACCCUGAGCCUCUCAGCUAUACACCCAGCCCCGGCAAGCUUGCCCAGCUGCCGCGAGCACUACCCGCAACAAUCCAGAAUCAUCGUCUUCGGGGUGAGUAUACCGACCGCAACAACGACGCCGACGAAACCGACUCCGAUCCCGAAACCGAUGCGAGCUUCGAUUCCACCACAGCCGAGUUUCACCAAACACCCGAAGAUGAGGAAGAAAGGCAUGGGAUGAAGGUUCAGAAAGAGGUGCACCCUUCUUCUGAAGGAUCAAGCAUAAGGAGGCGAGUCACUGUAUCGGUAAACAGGGAGCAGGACAUAUUCUAUGACUGCAAGUCAGUCUUGAAUCUUUCGGACACGAGCGACGAAGAAACUCACCAGCAGGAAAACGAGCACGACGACGAUUUCGACGACUACGAUCUUGCCCUGACCGUCCCCUACGAAGAAUCAUACGAAGACGAUGACUCUUCCCUCUCCCUUCCCAGCGAUCCGAGCUAUGUUGAUUCUGGUUGGGCGACAGAAUGCUUACAAGAAACAGAGGACAUCGAUUUCGAGUUCGUUUAUGCACUCCACACGUUCGUUGCCACGGUCGAAGGCCAGGCGAAUGCCACCAAGGGUGAUACCAUGGUUCUGCUAGAUGACAGCAACAGCUACUGGUGGCUGGUAAGAGUUGUCAAGGACAGCAGUAUUGGAUAUUUGCCUGCGGAACACAUCGAGACGCCAACAGAACGAUUAGCCCGUUUGAACAAACACAGGAACGUCGAUCUUUCUGCUACGAUGCUAGGAGAUCAAACAGACAAGAAGCAACCGACAUUCAAGCCGUCUAUACGGCUAAGACGGAAAACGGUAACUUUUGCUCCGCCGACUUAUGUCGACUACUCGGACUUUGACGACUACUCAACCGACGAAGAAGAUCUGGAUGACCUAUUUGGUCAAUCAACAACUAAAUCCACCCAGCAACAAGAACAGAAGAAGGAUACCCAGCAGACAUCGACAAUAUCAGUUGUGGAAGACGACGACUCAUCAGAGGAGAGUGCCAAGGUGGAACCACUCAAGCCUCGCUCCAACGUCAAAUUGGUUAUUGAGCCUACAAAGGUCGAGACGGUCGAAGAGGAGGAUGAGACGAGGAGUAGCGAAGAGAUACUCCUGGACAGCAAGCUGGAGGGCCCGAGCAAAUCACGAAACGGCACUGUGAGAAACACAGACUCGUUCUACAGAGACGAGACUGUGGAGACCAAGAAGAUCACGCUGACACCAAACCUUUUGCGGGACGACAACCAGCCCCGGCCAUCUCAAGACUCCAUCACCAAGGAUAUCAAAGCAAGGACAAGCCUGGAUAAAAUGGAUAAGGAGCUCAUGUCGGACAAGGAAAAGAAGAAGAUCCAGGACAAGGCCCGGAAAGAGAAGGAGAAGAAGCCCAGUGCCAUUCGAAGCUUCUUCUCUAGGAAAGACAAGAAGAAGUCGAUCGAUGAUGACGACGAGUCGUUUGGCAAGAGGUCGAUGGACACUGUGUCGGAUACCCGGGACAGCGAGUCGAUCGAGGAGGUGUCGUCGCCAGUUCAACGAAACCCAAGCAAGCUCCAGAAGCAGAUGCCGCGUACAGAGCCCUCGCUGUCACGCAAGAACUCUGUUGGAUCACAGGAGCAGUCCUCAACAAGGGAGCUUGCCGCUUACUUGGCUGAGUCCCGGACCAACGACGUGUCUAACGUACCACCGGCCUCGAUGCGGCUCGUGGACCCCGAGACGCAAGAGACACAGGAACUGCCGUCCAAUACUCAUGUUGGCGGUGAUGUGACCAGGACACGGUCAGCAUCCGCCGCCGCACAGCACGACGAUACCAAGGCGUUGGCCAAGGCCCUUGGCCGUAGUGCCAGCACAGGAACACAGCCCAGAACGGCCAGGACAGUCAAGCCCCGGCCGUUGACGGAUCUGGAUGAGCUGGAAAGCUCAGAAGAUGAUUAUGCCUCGGAGCCCGAAGCACAGCCGACGCAAGAGCCAGCUAAGGAGCAGAAGGCUGAAGGGGCUGGUCUACGGCCACAACUCCCAGGGGCAUUCCCCGAUAGCUUUGAGGCUGCACCAGGCCAGAACUCGGCGGCGGCAGCAGCCACAAGCAAGGAGCAGCAGCAGGAUCGUCUGUCAGAAUCACCGGUGCAUGUGUCGCCUGUCAACGUGACGCGUCCCCCGGCACUGGAGAUCGACACCUCGUCUCAGGAAGGCCGGUCGUCAUCCGAAGUGCCGUCGCCAGAGCUCAUGCAUGGAGCCGACACUCCCAAGGACAGCAGCUCUACGAGGAGCAAGGAGGCUGGCUGGGACGACGAGAAGCUACGGGCAUUCUUUGAUGACGGCGAGCAUGUUCGGGACCUCCUCAUGGUUGUGUACGACAAGACGGACGUCGAACCAGCGGGCAAGGAUCAUCCAGUGGUGAGCGGGCUGUUUAGGGAGCAGAACGCCAAGUUGGCAGAGAUUACGACUCAACUCGACAAUAUGCUUGGAGACUGGUUGGCAAGAAAGCAACGACUCCGAGGCACGCUAUAG